UCCUCUCAUUAAACUUUUGCUCUGUUUGCCUGAGUGUACUCUCCUACUUUCAGAGAGAACACGGAUAGAGAAAAACAAACAAUCAACCCAUCUUACUAGAAAGAAAAUGGAGGGCAAAGAAGAGGAUGUUAAGCUCGGAGCUAACAAGUUCUCAGAAAGACAGCCUAUUGGGACAUCAGCUCAAACAGACAAGGAUUACAAAGAGGCGCCACCAGCUCCUUUGUUCGAGCCUGGUGAGCUCAAGUCAUGGUCCUUUUACAGGGCUGGUAUUGCUGAGUUCAUAGCCACUUUCUUGUUCCUUUACAUCACUGUCUUGACUGUCAUGGGUGUUACUAAGCCUGGUACCAGCAAAUGUUCCACUGUUGGUAUUCAAGGCAUUGCUUGGGCUUUUGGUGGCAUGAUCUUUGCCCUUGUUUACUGCACUGCUGGUAUCUCGGGUGGACACAUCAACCCAGCUGUGACCUUUGGGCUGUUUUUGGCAAGGAAGCUCUCUUUGACAAGGGCUGUGUUUUACAUCAUCAUGCAGUGCCUUGGUGCAAUCUGUGGUGCUGGUGUAGUGAAGGGUUUCCAAGGAAGCCACAACUACGAGCUUCAGGGUGGCGGAGCUAAUGUUGUGAAUCAUGGAUACACCAAGGGUGAUGGCCUUGGUGCAGAGAUAGUCGGUACCUUUGUUCUUGUCUACACUGUCUUCUCUGCCACUGAUGCCAAGAGAAACGCUAGAGACUCUCAUGUCCCUAUUUUGGCUCCCCUUCCCAUUGGAUUCGCAGUCUUCUUGGUUCAUUUGGCUACCAUCCCCAUAACUGGAACGGGCAUUAACCCGGCAAGGAGUCUUGGAGCCGCCAUCAUCUUCAACAAAGACCAUGCAUGGGAUGACCACUGGAUCUUCUGGGUUGGCCCAUUCAUUGGAGCUGCUCUUGCCGCUGUCUACCACCAGAUAGUCAUCAGAGCCAUUCCUUUCAAGAGCAGAGCUUAAUUUCGUUCGCCCUUUCAAGAAUCACACCAUCUCUCAACUUCUUCUAUCCUUGUUUGAACUUUGGCUUCUCUAUCUAUCAUGUGAAUUUGGUAUUGUGGUGUUAAUUUAUGUGUGUAAAUUAUCUAGCUUUUUGAAUGGAGAAUUCUGUUUACUUUUUUA